UGCUCCUUUGCCGUGGUGAAAGAAGGAGAGCAACACCAGCAUAGAGCAACCACACCAUCAUUCAUCCAUCGUACAAGUCGUCGGAUAGCACAGCCUUGGCAUAGCAAAGGUCGCUGCUCAUGGACGCUGUUCAGUCAAUUCGGUAGAUCAGGUAGCCCAACAUGGCACCGCCCUCGUCCUCUUCAGCCUUGGCGUUGACCCCAUCGCCCUCGCCUCAGCCACCCGCCUCGCUCCGUGGGCAGCGACUCCUUUCCGAGGCAGACUACAUCUCCUCGCUAUCGUCACUCAUUCAGAGAGACUUCUUCCCCAACCUGCCUCGCCUCACUGCCGAGAACGAGUACCUCUCUGCUCUCGAGGACUUGGACAGUGGCGUGGAUGGCGCAGAAUUGCGGGUCAAGGAAGCAGAGAGGGACCUCGAUCGAAUGGACCGGGAGGAGGUGGAUGGCAAACAGAAGAGGAGACGGGCUAGAAAAGGCGCUGGGAGCAACGCGAGACGAACUCCUUCACGCUUUGCCACGCCAUCUGAUACCCCUGUGCGGCCACUGCAUGGCAGGUGGGACCCCACGCCACUCUCCUCGGGCGCCAGAACACCUCGUUCAGAGGCAGGAUGGGCAACGCCAAGCAAUUCGGAGGGUUAUGGCAAGGCUCACGCCACAAGGAUCGGCUCUGCGCUUGCGCAAGACCCUCGUCCUACUUACGCCUCCGAUGAGGAAGAACUCCCUCCUCCUCCUGAGCUCUCUGGCCACUCGAUCUCUUCGUUUCAGCACAGCUUUACGUCGGAGGAUAACGCUUCCUUCCUUGCCCUCGUCCAGUCCACCAACGAUCGGCGCAAGGAAAAGUAUGCUUGGGCGUUCCGGCAGGAGCGCAAUCACAAUGCAAGGAGGAAACUCAUUAUGGAUGAGGCGACAAAGAGGGCCGAUGAAGGGUAUGCGCGGAGUGUGCUUGCUCUGCCAGAGACAAAGAGGAGAAAGCUGAUCGAGGGGGGUAGGUUGGGGAUCGAGUUGAGCAAGCGAGUCGCCGAUCUGGAGCGAACUGAAAUGGUUCUGGGAGAGGGGAGCGGUGGCAAGAGCAAAGCGGAACAGCAGUUCCUUACCUACGACCCCGCCAAGGCACACCGCGCCCUUCGUGCCUCGAGCGAAGAAGGCACGUCUGCGAGCACUUCAUCACAAUUAGUACUCCUGCCCUCAAGACAUCGCUCAACAUCGCCACCCGCUCUGUCUCCCUUGAAACACUCUCUCGACCCUCGCUCUGAGAUCGCGCUCGUCUCGACAUCCUCUGCCAACAAAGUCUCCGACGAUUGCGAAAUGGAGGACCCCAGCUUCGACCCCAAUGCCAUUCUUCGCCGAGCCAAAGUCGUGCCGACUACAGCCACUACCUACACAGGCACCAAGUAUGCAGCUCGCAAUGCCCUCUUCUUCGGUCCCGACGCAGAGAUCGGCACGACCGAUCGAGUAACCUCUUCUCUUCCGGAACACGUCAAAGAAGGUGCCACGAGCGCAGAGCGUCUUUUCUACGCGCGGGAGAAGCUUAAGAGCAAGACGGUCUUCCACAAUACUGCUCUGCCCUCACAGGGCGUCUUCCCAGAGGCGAGGUAUCCUGACCUCCUUGCAGGCAAGGACAGCUCGAGCGUCAUCACCUCUGCCAGCCCUCGAUCCAGUCGAGUCGAGAGCGCCAUGGCUGGUGGCUCGCGCUAUGGAGACAACUUCGAUGACGAGAGUGGGGUAGAUUUGAGGUACGCAGGUCCCACUGUCAAUGGCUUCGGCUUCGUCUCGCCUGCCGAGGAUCUGACUCCGAACCGAGCAGCGAUGGAAGAAGAACUUGCGGAGAGUCUUGAGCAGAAGAGGAGGCAGAGAUUGCUCGCCAUUCAGGGCGGUGGAGGAGGGGGAGGUAGAGCGGAGGAUGGGCCCCGCUCUUUCUUUGUACCUCCAACACCCAAAAGGGACGAGCUGGCCUCUUCGCUCGCCACAAGAUCUGCUUCGUCGCGCAAUCGCACGACCGCCAAGGGCUCGACAUCUGGCUCACUGCGAAUGGGGUUGGGCGGUAGCCUAGGCGCUCGACUUGGACGCUCAUCAGGCGCUGCGACUCCCAGCAGGCGAUCCGAGGCUCUCUCUCCGGCCGCCAGGACACUGCUCGAUCGCAGUACCCGAGGUGGCCUUGGCAGUGGUCUUGGAGGUUUCCUCACUCCCAGUCGAGCCACCACACGGGCGCCAAACCUGCAGCGAAGUGGCGGAUCGAAGGACAAGGAGAAGGAGAGGCAGAGGAAACCGGUUGAGACGCUGGGAGGGAUGCUGGGGAAGAGAGGAUGGGAGGAUGAUACGCCCAAAGCUGGCACAAGUGGGAGAAAGCGCUAGAUGAAUUUUUGUAUUUUGUACCCUCUAGAUGAAGGAUUGCAGACAUUACUAUAUACCAUGAUCUCAAUCUGCCAGUUAG